ACAAAAGUUUUGGUACUAUUAUUACAGCGCACCGAAGGAAGGCGGUCUAGGAUUCCGAAUUCUUCUCUAUUCUCUAUCCUUUGCCGGCCCGGUUUGGUCCGAAAUCCUCUCCGGUUAACCUACAAUUCUUCAUCCUUAGCAACGCUGCAAAACCCUUUUUUUCUUUAUUAUAUUUCUGCUUAAAUCAUCGGCUCCGCGGCAGAUUCGCGUAAGCUUCUUUCUGGAUUGCAGUGAAUUUUUUAUGAGAUAGUUGAUGGCACAUUCAAAUGCGUUGCCUCUUAUCCUGUCUUCAGAAUCAUCAGAUAAAAGUGGUAAAGCCAUCUUAACUGCCAACAUGAGAUCCACCUUUCUUCAUCCUCAGCAGAGUUCUGAUUGCUUGAAUGGACCUGUGGCCAUUCUUUGGGAUAUAGAGAAUUGUCCAGUUCCAAGUGAUGUGCGCCCAGAAGAUGUGGCUGGAAAUAUAAGAAUGGCUUUGCAUGUCCAUCCUGUAAUUAAUGGAGCUGUCACAAUGUUUUCUGCUUAUGGAGAUUUUAACGCCUUCCCGAGGCGAUUAAGGGAGGGUUGUCAGAGAACGGGGGUUAAACUUAUAGAUGUUCCCAAUGGAAGGAAAGAUGCUGCUGAUAAGGCCAUCUUGGUUGACAUGUUUCUUUUUGCUCUUGACAAUCUUCCACCCUCUUCAAUUAUGCUUAUAUCUGGGGACGUGGAUUUUUCUCCUGCGCUUCACAUUCUUGGUCAACGUGGAUAUACUGUGAUUCUUGUCAUUCCUUCUGGGGUGGGUGUUUCAUCAGCUCUCUGUAAUGCAGGAAGGUUUGUUUGGGACUGGCCAAGUGUGGCUCGUGGUGAUGGGUUUCUGCCUCCCAAAAAGGUGUUGUAUCCUCCUCGUGGAGGAACAACAGACAUUGCUGGUGCUCUUAUGGCAUGUCCUAUUAAUGAUAACUCAGAUUUUCAAAAUGAAGAAGAGGCGAUAGUCUACAGAGGAGUCUCACAGAGCUAUUGCAGUACAAGGGACUACUCGAUGAUUUCACAGACUCUAGCUGAAUACAAUAGUACUUCAACUUCUGUGCCAUAUUACUCUGCAGGUAUGAGAUCUCAAAGUCUUCCAUCUGCUUUAAAUGACGUUUCAGCUGGACCUGUUUCCAACUAUGACCAGAAUGACUUCACAUGGAUUCAGCCUGGGGAUCUCAAUGGUUUGAAGGGACAGCUGGUGAAAUUGCUUGAGCUCUGUGGAGGUUGUCUUCCUCUUACACGCCUUCCUGCGGAAUACCAGAAACUUUAUGGCAGGCCUCUUUAUGUGUCAGAGUACGGAGCAUUCAAACUCGUAAACCUUCUGAAGAAGAUUGGUGAUGCAUUGGCUGUGGAGGGGAAAGGUCAAAAGAAGCUUGUCUAUCUCCGUAACACAAGAGCUGGACCAAGUGCUCCUCCACAGAAUCAAGCGAAAAAAGAUAAAAAAGGAAAAGGUGUUCAGGAAGAUAACACUAAGGCCACAAUAGGAGCUGGAUCCUCAGAUGAGUUCUCAGAUGAUGAACAAAUAAUUGUUGAAGAACAUAGGGGAAGACCGGAGAAAUCUAAUUUAGAAAUGGUGACACUACCAGAAAUUACUAACAAGAGCCUUGAGAAGUUCAAGUAUGAGCUCCAAGAGAUUUUAGUGAGCUAUUCAUGUCGAAUUUUCCUUGGCUGUUUUGAGGCAAUAUAUCAGCAGCGGUACAAGAGACCACUGGAUUACAAGAGCUUGGGUGUGAAUGAACUGGAAGAACUGCUAGAUAAGGUAAAAGAUGUGGUGGUUGUACGUGAGGAACCUGCUAGCAAAAGAAAGUUUUUGACUGCUGUUGGUGGCUAGAAAGAGUUGACAAUUUCUGUUGAUAGUGUCUCUACUUCCUUUAGAGUCUGUACCUGAGUUUGUUGAAUCAAAUGAAGCGCUAUCUCUAGAUAAGAGGUUCGUCCAUCUCUUGAAAAGGAUACCUUACUAUUGGAGUGUCCCCUACGAGUACAGGCGUUCUUUUGGACGCUGUUUUGGUGUUUUCCAUUGCCAAACCUCAUUGAAGAAUGGAAAUGGUACUGUAGAUGUCCCUUUCGUCGUAUUGAUUGCAAAUGCUGUUGCCAGACUUUUAAACAACCAACAGAUGUGCAGUUAUUUUAGGUUUUGUGUUUAGAGUCUUUAGCUUAAACAGAGAUUUGGGGUGCCCCCUUGAGAUUAGUGCUUCACUGCAACUCACAAAAUUUGUGUAUUCUGGGAAGAGAAUAUUCCCUUGUCCAUGUUGGCACUGAUGUAUUCUGUAUCAUCACUGAUAGCAGUUAUAGAUAUAUGAUUCCAGUUUAGAACAAA